AGCCCGAGACUGGCAACCCAGUGUAAAUACCAGCACUCCCCACUAUAUAAAAAGGGGUGAUGCAACCUCGCUACUAGUCAGAAUCCCAAGCAACAAGGCAGAGAGAGGAGCUUUGCUUGCCCCAGCGGCAGCAGCAGCGGCAACAGCAGGACAGACGCUGCCUCCGCUUCCAAGUCGUUGGGCUCCGAUACACCUCCCCUACUCAAGCCUUAGCUCCAGGCGAGGCUCCUUCGUCUCUGGGCUCGGGACAGCCCCAGCCCAGCGCCCUCCGCCGACUGUCAGAAAGGAGCGGAGGCAGGAGGGAGAGAAAGGAAGGUAGCAAAAUGAUGCUUCAACAUCCAAGCCAGGUCCCUGCCUCGGAAGUCAGCGCGACAGCCAUCGUCCCCUGCCUGUCACCUGCUGCGUCUCUGGCCUUUGAAGAUUUCACAACCCUCACCCCCCUUGUCAAGGAAGAGCUGAGGUUUGCCAUCCAAAACAAGCAUCUCUGCCACAGGAUGUCCGCCACCUUGGAGUCCGUCACAGUGAGCGACAGGCCCAUUGAGAUGUCCAUCAUGAAAGCUGAGUUUGCCCCUGAAGAGGACGAAAGAAAAAAGAGACGAAGGGAAAGAAAUAAAAUCGCAGCUGCCAAGUGCCGGAACAAGAAGAAGGAGAAGACAGAAUGUUUGCAGAAAGAAUCAGAAAAGUUGGAAAGUGUAAACGCAGAGCUGAAAGCCCAGAUCGAGGAGCUCAAGAAUGAGAAACAGCAUUUGAUAUACAUGCUCAACCUCCACCGACCAACGUGUAUCGUCCGAGCUCAGAAUGGAAGGACACCUGAAGAUGAGAGGAACCUCUUUAUCCAACAGAUAAAAGAAGGAACAUUGCAGAGUUAAGCAUCCGGGAUGUGGAGGCAAUUCAGGGGUCCUCCUUUCCUUCACUUCUAUACCAAGAAACCCGAAGCUAUCGGAGAUCUGACUUACUAUGCACUUCUAGGAUCCUAGUAGCCAAGAGCUGUCCAGGAGGCCUUGCUAAGCCCAAGGAAUCAUGUUAGCUUAGCUGUGACUUUCUCAAAUCCAGAGAGUUGAGUUUGGUCCAAGGGAAGAAAAUCUUGGGCCCCCGACUCUAGGUCUUUAGGACUUGACAUCUUUGCUGUUCCUAGAAGCUGCAGACAAGCCCUGCAGAUGGGUUAGUGUCCUGCUAGUGUCCAGUACUGUAUUUGUCUUGUUUGGAUGAUACGAACAUUCUGGCUUUCAGUGAUAGAUGUCAGCAGUACAUCUGGGUGUGGGGGUGGGACAGAGCCUGCCCUCCAUUGACCUCUGGUAGGCAAAUCAGACUAACAGUGGGGUUAAUCAAUGUUUUUCAGUGGCCAGGGGUAUGCUUUCUAGCCAAACGUGCUGAUAUGUUACAGUAAUUACUGUACUCAGAGGCCUUUGUUUUCAAACCUAAGCAUUGUACUUACUCCCCCCUUCCCCCCCCCCUUUUUUUUCAUAACACUCGUGCAGAUUUUCCUAUGACUCCUCUCAGAUCUGGAUUCUGAGAGGUUUGGGCAGUUGUCCCUAACUUCCACUUCUUGUAAAACACUCAGUAACUGAGUUGGCAUUUUAGCGUGAUGAGCAGUGCCCUGCGAUUGCUGCUUUGCCCCAAAGGAGAAAGGCCUUUUCUUGCUGAGCAGACAAGAUACCACGAGCAAAGCUGAUGGGUGUUAUUUAAAAGAAGUUUAGGAUGGUUAUAAAAACAUUUGGAAAAAGCAGUGUAACCUGCAAAGGAUUAGACUUCUCAGCUGUUAACUUAGCUUGUGAGUGACUUUUAGGGCUGGAACAGACAAAGAAUAUCUUUUUUUUCUUUUUCUCAUUGCUGACUGCAGUCAUUGUUCAAAGCCUGAUGAAAUUUAGGAUUUAGUGACAGUGAUAUUAAUGAUAUACAUUUUUUUUGGUGAUCAAUUUUUUAAAAAAAAUUUGAACCCAGGAUGUUUGCAACUAUGAGUAGAUCUCUUGGUCAAAAGUAUCCCAGUUACUGUCUAACUGUUAAAAUUCUGAUGUUUCUGUGAAAUCCUCAGAUUGUUAAAUCUUUUUCAAUAUUAUCAUUACAGUUUUCUGUAAAAGGAAGUAUUAUCUUAUUUAUCCUAAUAUUCUUAACCAGUCAAUCUAAUAAACCAUGCGCCUGAAAACGAAUGGCAAAUACAA